AUGAAUGCAAAUAUCGAACUACAUAGAAUUCCAUUUAAUGAAAAUUUUUCUGACAGUUUUAAACGGAAUUUAGAAAGGUUUCUCGCUUAUGUGGAAAAAUUAUAUACAAAUUAUUGUGCUUUCACAGUUAAACGUCCAUAUCUUGGGCUUUUCUUUGCUAUAUUUAUCGUUUUUUCGGCUUUUCCAUUACUUUCUUAUAUAGUUUUCUCAAUUAUCUCUACUACUUUAAUUCUUGGUAGUUCUUUAUGUCUUGGAUUAUUAACAUUGGCUUUUCUCCUUGGUCUAGCUGGACUGACCCUUUCUAUCGCAUUAAUUUGUUCCUUUUUUUUAACAUGUGUGGUUUGUUUUUGGAUUGCUCUUACAUUUACAACAACUCGUUUUAUUGAUGGAUAUAUUAAGAAAAAUAAUUUUGGAAUUUUCCUGUCUAAUUAUGUUGCAAAUGGUACAAAUGGUGUAAAUGGUGUUAGUAAUGUAAAUGGUGUAAAUGGUGUUAGUAAUGUAAAUGGUGUAAAUGGUGUGAAUGGUGAUGUAGGUCCUAGUGAAAGUCAAUCUAAAUGA